UGCCGGGUAACGGCGCCAUGGCGGGGCGGAGCCGCGGCCGCCACCUGCCGGCGGCGCGUGCGCACUGCGCGGCGGUGAAGUCAGAGGGGGCCGGGCGGUCCAGCUGCGCGUGCGCCGUUGGGGCGUUCGGUGGGCGCGCGCGGCACCUGUGGCAGCGGUCCCCGCCCCCGCCGUAUAGGAGUUCUUCACAAAUCCCUUGCUCGGUUUGCCAUCCCUUCAGAAGAGAUUUGAAUGCAACUCAUUCAGCCUUGCUGUUGCACAACACUCAGUUAAGUGGAUUGUCAAGUUGCCUUGGAAAAACCCCCACAAUAAAUCAUCAGAAGAUGUUUCAUGUUUUUCAGUAUCAGCCUUUGAGACUAAUAACCCAAAACAGUCUUUCUAGCAUGCAUUUAAAACUGAUGCUUUCAAGACCUGUUGCAUUGGCACAGAUACGGAAGUCAUGGUUCUCGAGCCAUUCUCUUCUUGGAAACAAAAAUAUUAUCUUGAUGGGACCUCCGGGUGCUGGGAAAACGACGAUUGGGAGAAUAGUAGGCCAGAAACUAAAUUGCCCUGUCAUAGACAUAGAUGAUGAUGUCCUUGAAACAGCGUGGAAUAUGAGUGUGUCAGAAAAACUGCAGAAUGUUGGUUAUGAGGAAUUUCUAGAGGAGGAAGGAAAAGCCCUGUUGAAUUUUUCAGCAUCUGGAAGUGUCAUUUCCCUUAGUGGGUCCAAUCCAAUGCAUGCUGCGGGCAUGCAGCACGUGAAGAAAAAUGGAAUAGUUGUGUAUCUGGAUGUGCCCACAACAGUCAUUAUGAGCAGGCUGAAAUCAAUGGCAGUGGAUCGCAUCGUGGGCCUGUCUGCUGGUAAUUCCCUCAAGGACAUACUUCAGUUUAGGAAGCCAUUUUACAAAAGGUGGCAUGACAUCCGUGUUUUUUGUGGAGAGGAUGUUGCGGCAGAAGUUGUAGCAGAAAAGGUACUUGAUGCUGUGAAGAGAUACCAAGAUUCGGAACUGGAAACUUUCAUUUCAACUCGGUCUAGUAGGUCUGGAAGGAGUAUGGAAAAAGACUCUCGUAAGUAUUUCAGUGACGUUGUUAUUCAGGGCUUAGCCCCUGAUGGAGGACUCUUUGUUCCUGAGAGACGACUUCCAAAAUUCACUGCUGGAGAAUGGCAAGGUCUAAUAGAAGCAACUUACGUUGAAAGAGCUGAGGUCAUACUAGAAAGAUGCAUACAUCCUGCUGAUAUUCCUGCUUCUAAACUGGCAGAAAUUAUUGGAACUGCUUAUGGAGAAAACUUUAGUUGUUCUAAAGUUGCCCCAAUUAGGCAUUUGGCAGGCAAUCAGUUUCUUCUGGAGUUAUUUCAUGGACCAACAGCAUCAUUUAAAGAUUUUGCAUUACAGUUGAUGCCACAUUUAUUUGCCUCCUGCAUUCCCAGAAGCUGCAAUUACUUGAUUCUGGUAGCUACUUCUGGGGACACAGGGAGUGCCGUCCUAGAUGGCUUUAGUCGUCUCCACGACACUGACAAACAGAGAAUUGCUGUGAUGAAUUUUUUUCCUGAGGAUGGAGUAAGCCCAAUUCAAAAAUCACAGAUGAUUGGCUGUCAGAAAGAAAAUGCAUGGUCAGUGGGUGUCAAAUCUGAUUUUGAUUUUUGCCAGACAGCUAUAAAGCAAAUCUUUACUAAUUCUGAUUUUACUGGUUUUCUUACAGUAGAAUAUGGAACUGCUUUAGCUGCAGCAAACUCCAUAAACUGGGCACGACUGCUUCCUCAGAUAGUUUAUCAUGCUUCUGCAUACCUUGAUCUUGUUCAUCAAGGUAUUAUUCCUUUUGGAAGCCCUGUGGAUAUUUGCAUUCCUACAGGAAACUUUGGCAACAUAUUAGCGGCUUUCUAUGCUAAGAUGAUGGGAAUUCCUAUCAGAAAAUGUAUUUGUGCUUCCAAUGAAAACAAUGUUUUGACUGACUUCAUAAGAACAGGUGUUUAUGAUUUGAGGGGAAGAAAAUUAAUUUCCACUUUUUCAUCAGCAGUAGAUAUUUUGAAGUCCUCCAAUCUUGAACGAUACUUGCACCUGAUUGCUAAUGAAGAUGGACAGCUGGUAACACAAUUAUUUAACCAGCUGGAAAAUCAGGGCCACUUCCAGCUAAGGAAAGAUCUACUUGAAAAGCUUCAGCAGGACUUAGUGGCUGGCUGGUGCUCUGAGGAGGACUGUCUAGCUGCCAUUCACUCUGUGUACAGUACUACAGGAUAUAUUUUGGAUACGCACACAGCUGUUGCUAAAGUAGUUGCAGAUCGAUUGCAAGAUAGAACUUGCCCAAUUAUUAUUUCGUCUACAGCUCAUUAUUCUAAGUUUGCACCUGCUAUCUUGAGGGCCUUGAGGAUUGCAGAAAUAAACCAGAAUCCAUUAAGUCAGCUUCACUUGCUGAGUUCUUACAGCGCUCUGCCUCCAAUCCAUUGGGGCCUGUUAGAGACCCUGAAAAAGACAGGGAAUGGGGAUCACCAGGUCUGUGCUGCCGAUAUGAGUGUGCUGAUGCACCAUAUAGAAACCUUAAUCCAAAAUCAUUUCAUGAAAGUUUUUUGAGCAACUGAUCCAGUGUCCCCAGUGUCAAUUGCAAUGCUGUCUCAGCAAGCUGCAUGUUUUACUAAAACCAUCAUUCACCUGGGCUGUGUCCAGUCCACAGCACACCAUCCACAGUUUUAUACUCAGUUGUCAAGCUUUCAACAGCAUUUGUAAGUAACAUGUGUGAGAUUUCUAGUGGUGGUGAAAGGUUGUGAAUUGAGAGUGUAAAAGACUGGACUACCUUUUUGCAGGUCAGACACAGUAGAGAUGUCAGCACUCCCAGCUGUCCUUGGCAGUGCUGUCUCCUUCAGAAGCCUGAAGGAGACAGAUAAUCAAGUCUGACCUUUCUGAAACUAAUAGCUUUGGUUUUGUUGCAGCAAUGAUGUGAUCCUUUGGUCUGUGGGUGAUUAAUUAAACUCAUUUCACUUAGGGCACUGGAACAUAAUAAGAUACUAUAAUAAUGUUCAUAUGUUGCUAAUGAGAAUGGAUUUCACUACAAAGAUUGAAGUGUACUUGUAUUGUUAAUCCCUGAACCACUGAGGAACCAUUGAAUUUUGUGGUAUCUUUUUGUAUAAUGUUUUUUUAUGUAUGAGGCCAGUGUUUCUGUACAAAAAAAUCUGGUCUUUUUGUUUUUCAGACUUUUUUCUCCCAGAUAUUUUCCUGUGUCAAAUAGAAUACUUGAUUUGGUAUUUUUAAUAUAUUUGAGAUGUGACUCUUCCUCCAGUGUGUUGUGGUCUUUCUCCUAUAUGUUUUCUGUUUGAACUUUCAACUUUAGAACUCUUUUUUAAUCCCAUAGAAGAAUCUGCUAGUAGUAGCAGUGAUCUUCUUAAAUAAGAACCAGACUUUGUCUUUUCUUUACAUUUAUUUUUUUGCAUUAUAAGUUUAAUUUUUGACAUCAUAGAGCUUUCUUGUUCUAAUUACUUCUGUUUUCCUAUUUUCUUAAGUUAACGUCCUUGAUGUUCUAUUCUGUUCUUGCUUUGCAUGAAUUAGUGUAAGAAAGAAGCUUCCCAAAUUGCUUUCCUCAUCAAGGAAAGUGAAGGAUGAAUUCCAGGGUGAUAGCAUCAGAGGUAUUCAUUAUGUAACCUAAAAUAGCUCUAUGUGCUUUUGCUAAUGAUAGGCUCUUUAUUGUUUUUUUUCUGAAGAAAAAAGAUUGAGUAGGUUGUCCUAGGAGAUCAUGUGGUUAUGGAGAAAUGUAUUCUGGUACCUGGAGGUAUAUUUGGCAAUGACAUAAAAUAAACUACAUUUCACACUAAGAUAAAUGGUGAAAUGAUGUAAUGGCUAGUUUUGAGUGGCAUGCAAAUGGCUCUUUACAGGUAAAGAGCUGCCCAUCAUCAGAUGAGAGGUCGACUUUCCCACCGAGAUUCAGAUUAUCUGGUAAUUGAUAACAUUUUUUGCCUCUUCGAUAUGCAACAUUUCCUAGAUGUCAAGAUUCACCUGGGGCUUUGAACUGUUGUCAUAUCUGACAGGUUCCUCUGUGUGUCUGUUUGCCGCAUUAGAGGCACUUUCUUGCCACAUUAGAGGCGAAGAAGACACCACCUAGUAAACUAUUUUAAAGAAUUGUUGUUUAAAGAAUUUCUUCCAGCCUAAAGUAAAAGACUCAAGCACUUUGCCACAGUGGGUGCAUUAUACAGUAUAAUUAAAUGUAGCUGAUAACAUAGGUGUAACACAAUAGCUUUCUAGAUUAUGCCAUUCUUGGAUACCUUUUUAGAACCUUUGUAGUUCUUUUCUCGGCUCAAUCCUUGUUCACUAUUUCUGCAGUAACUUUGAAAAAGAAGUUUUUGUUUUCACAGAAUCACGAGCAUCCCAAGUUGGAAGGGACCUCAAAACAUCACCCAGUCCAACCUUUUGUGGGAAAGGGAACCUAGAUGAGAUUAUCUAGCACCCUGCCCAGGCACGUCUUAAAAACCUCCAGCGAUGGGGCUCUUCCACUUCCCUAUGGAGGUUGUUCCACUGAUUGAGUGUCCUUACUGGGAAAAAUUUUUUUCUUAUAUCAAGAUGAACCUUCUCCUGGUGCAACUUCCUCUUUGUCUCCGUGUGUCUCCUUCUGAAGAGAGAGCCUCUGUCCUCUUUCUAGCCACCACUGAAGUACUGGAAAGCUGAUGAAGUGGCCCCUGAACCUCCUCCAGGGUGAAAAGACCUGACUCAUUCAGUUUCCACAUGUGGCAGGGGAGUUGUCAUUUUCCAGGCACAACAUUGGAAAGACCAUAAAUGUGUAAUUUUUUUUUUUUUUAAAAAUCCAAGUUCUGUAAGAAAAAAUUGCACAAGCAUAUUGCCAAAAAAGAAGCAUUGCUUGUGGUAGUGAUAAGUGCACAUCCACCUUGUAUUUCUCUAUGUUUCGGCCUGAUUCUUACAGUAGUUCCAAGUGGAAAAAAAAUGUACUGCUUUCUCUGGAUGUGCUCAGUACAAGACCAGAAUUCUAAAUGUUAAAAAAUCCAAACACAAACAAACCCAA